GCACGACAUAUGGAUCAAAAUAUUGUUCAAGCUAAUAAUUUGCUUCAAUUAUUUGUCGAGAACUUCUCAACUGUAUUUGGUUCGAACAGCAUUUCUUUUAACGUUCAUAAUCUGCUUCAUUUGGCUUCUUGCGCAGAAAAGUAUGGUCCCCUUAUUUCGUUUUCUGCAUAUGCAUUUGAAAAUAAACUGCAAACACUGAAAAAACAUGUUCGAAAACCAUCACAUAUCUUUCAACAAAUUAUUCAAAAGGAAAAAAAUUGCAUGAUUGUCAACACUAUUCAGGAUGGGUUAAAAUAUGAAAAAGGUGUUAUCGUUGGAGCUUUUGUAAAUGAUUGCUACAUAUCCUGCAAAGAACCAGAUAAUAUUUGCGCGGUGAAUUCAUGCAUUCCAAUAAAAAUUGAUAAUAUAAAGAAAAAGGGCGAAAUAUAUAUUGAAGGCAGUCGAAUUUUGGCAUUAGAAAGUUUCUACGAAGAACCGGUGAAUUCUUGUGAGAUUGGUAUUUUCAAAACGAAUCUGACUCUAGGGGAAAAAGAGACAUUUUGUAUUAAAGACAUUCAGUUCAAAUUUGUAUGCUUGCCAAUUGAUUCUGAUUUUGUAAUCGUGCCCAUUUUACAUUCCUGCUUUCCAGAGAAAUAUCAAGCACAAAUUUUUACCUCCUAAGUACACAACUCCCGCACAUAAACAUGUCGAACGAAAAUGCCAACCCUUCCAAAGGAAAAAUGAAAUAUUUUGCUCCACAAGCUAAUGCAAAAUGUUCUUCCUGCCAAGAAAAUGCCAGAAAACUAGACACGAUUAUUGAUAUUUUGGCGGAGCAUAAAGUUUUACUGGAUCGUGUUAUUUCUCAGAACGCAUUUGUGGACAAUAUUAUGACAAUUUUUCCAAUUGAAUCGGAAGAAAAACUUCGAGAAUUUGAUCGAAUUCUCGCAACACAAGCAGAUCUAUAUACUCGACAAAUGAAAAAUCUCAUUGCAGGUAACGCUGAACGUAAUUUGCAUAAAGUAUUUGGAAGAAAUAUUAUUAUGGAUUUUAAUGUUGACGGAACUUUCGGGAAAAAAGGUCUACGAGAUUUUGGUAAUGUACUUGCCGCCAUAAUAGAAGUUAUAUCAACAUUUAAUAAAUUACCUGACAAGACUUUACGAGCAGCGUUCCAACGCCAAAAGAAAAAGUAUUUUAAGAUCAACAAACGAAGCAGGCGCACCGAAGAAAAGGAACAAGAUGAAAAUGAUGAAGAACCACAAAUUUAACUGAAUGUUUUUAUGUUAUACUAUAUAAUUUUAAAAUCCUAGUUCUAACACUAUUCAGUUUUAUUAAAAAUAAGACAAGGUUUGGCCAGCCUUGAAAAAAGUGAGCUAUAUAUGUAA